UGCUAGUGUCUAGUUGUAAAUAUGAACACAACACAGUGCUGAUGUCUAGUUGUAAAGGUUAACACAACACAGUGCCGUUGUCUCGUGGUAAACGUAAACACAACAUAGUGCUGGUGUCUCGUGGUGAAGGUAAACACAACACAAUAUUUUUUGACUUUUGUAUUAGUGUAUGUUGUCACCAGAGCGUGGAAAGGAUUCUCAUUUUUUUUUUAAACUCUUACGUACGCCUUAUUUGAAGGAGUAAUGCACACUACAUACAUCACAAAGUCAUAUGAUCUUGUAGGGAAUAAGACAUGACGUGCAAAGCGACUGCACUUUUAUGGGUAGGCGACACAAAGAUAUUCGUAUAGGCACUCUAUUGCUAUAAUACUGAGAUAGGUACUGUCUUGUCUUAUUUUAGCUUUUUUGUAGGAUCUAAUUUUAUUUUCAAGUACAUUUAAAGAAGUUCUUUCCUUUUUUGACAAAAAUUAAGUUUGAUACUUACAAUACUUUUCAAUCAUCAUUUCAUAUUUCUCUUUUAUACUUUUACUUUGAAAAUAUUUACAGAUGGCUGUGGAAAAAUAAAGUAUACAUCUUAAAGGAAGGAAUGUGUUAUUUUAAUUCUCGUGAUUCUUGUAAACUAAUAAAUUAGGUUACAUAAAAAGUAAUAAGGAUUUUUAUGUUCAUUCAGACAGGCUGGGAUUGAUUAAAAAUAGACCAUUUCUUCAAGGAGAGUUGAAGAUAUUUUUUUCUGAAUUUUCGGAGGCCGAUACCAUGACACAGAUGCUCUACAGUUCCAUCUUCUUGGCCUUAAACCUCAUUGUGUUUAUCUGUAAGUGUAUUAUUAAAAACAUUGUAAUAGACGGGUAAGAAAAAGAUUUAAAACUGUUCAAAUAAGCCUUAGUGGGUGUUGUAUGUCAUCUGACUUAAAUUGGUCUUCUUGAAAUUGUUCAUGUUUUUUUUUUUUUUUAAAUCGACAGCUGUACACAUUUGUGUAGGUUCGGGAAACGAGUUUAGUUGGACUUGAGCUCAACAUUUAAAAUGAUGGGGUUUUUUGUUUUUGUUUUUUUAAAUUUAGUGUUUGUUUGUCUAUCAAAAGGUCAUGGUGUUUGGAUCAUGGCAUUAUUUUUUUUACUUAAGUUUUUGUUUGUCUAUCAAAAGGUCAUGGUGUUUGGAUCAUGGCAUUAUUUUUUUUACUUAAGUUUUUGUUUGUCUAUCAAAAGGUCAUGGUGUUUGGAUCAUGGCAUUAUUUUUUUUACUUAAGUUUUUGUUUGUCUAUCAAAAGGUCAUGGUGUUUGGAUCAUGGCAUUAUUUUUUUUACUUAAGUUUUUGUUUGUCUAUCAAAAGGUCAUGGUGUUUGGAUCAUGGCAUUAUUUUUUUUACUUAAGUUUUUGUUUGUCUAUCAAAAGGUCAUGGUGUUUGGAUCAUGGCAUUAUUUUUUUUACUUAAGUUUUUGUUUGUCUAUCAAAAGGUCAUGGUGUUUGGAUCAUGGCAUUAUUUUUUUUACUUAAGUUUUUGUUUGUCUAUCAAAAGGUCAUGGUGUUUGGAUCAUGGCAUUAUUUUUUUUACUUAAGUUUUUGUUUGUCUAUCAAAAGGUCAUGGUGUUUGGAUCAUGGCAUUAUUUUUUUUACUUAAGUUUUUGUUUGUCUAUCAAAAGGUCAUGGUGUUUGGAUCAUGGCAUUAUUUUUUUUACUUAAGUUUUUGUUUGUCUAUCAAAAGGUCAUGGUGUUUGGAUCAUGGCAUUAUUUUUUUUACUUAAGUUUUUGUUUGUCUAUCAAAAGGUCAUGGUGUUUGGAUCAUGGCAUUAUUUUUUUUACUUAAGUUUUUGUUUGUCUAUCAAAAGGUCAUGGUGUUUGGAUCAUGGCAUUAUUUUUUUUACUUAAGUUUUUGUUUGUCUAUCAAAAGGUCAUGGUGUUUGGAUCAUGGCAUUAUUUUUUUUACUUAAGUUUUUGUUUGUCUAUCAAAAGGUCAUGGUGUUUGGAUCAUGGCAUUAUUUUUUUUACUUAAGUUUUUGUUUGUCUAUCAAAAGGUCAUGGUGUUUGGAUCAUGGCAUUAUUUUUUUACUUAAGUUUUUGUUUGUCUAUCAAAAGGUCAUGGUGUUUGGAUCAUGGCAUUAUUUUUUUUUACUUAAGUUUUUGUUUGUCUAUCAAAAGGUCAUGGUGUUUGGAUCAUGGCAUUAUUUUUUUUACUUAAGUUUUUGUUUGUCUAUCAAAAGGUCAUGGUGUUUGGAUCAUGGCAUUAUUUUUUUUACUUAAGUUUUUGUUUGUCUAUCAAAAGGUCAUGGUGUUUGGAUCAUGGCAUUAUUUUUUUUACUUAAGUUUUUGUUUGUCUAUCAAAAGGUCAUGGUGUUUGGAUCAUGGCAUUAUUUUUUUUACUUAAGUUUUUGUUUGUCUAUCAAAAGGUCAUGGUGUUUGGAUCAUGGCAUUAUUUUUUUUACUUAAGUUUUUGUUUGUCUAUCAAAAGGUCAUGGUGUUUGGAUCAUGGCAUUAUUUUUUAAAAACUUAUAUAAACUCAGAUAAAUUAAAAAACAAAAGAUUUUUUUUUUUAAAUGAUUAAGGGCUUUCAGAAAGAAAACAACUCUUUUCAAUGAUCUAUUUAUUCCCUAACCAGGUGGCCAACAGUUUGAACCGCAAGUGCACAUCGGGGAUGCCAAUGGGACGCUCGUGGCCAACGGCAGCACCUAUGAUGCAACGGCACCAGCAAACACCAACACCAACGCCUUCAACAUCACGUGCGGACUGGACACGGACACCAUCGGCAUCAGUCAUGUCAACCUGACCUGCCCGUCAGGCACCGAACGGCCAUUGAACUAUUCAAGUCUUGGCCCAUCCGGGACCUUUCUUCUCAGGAUUAUCGGAACGGGAGUCGUGGCGUGUCACUGUUCCGUGACCAACACUAGCGGGGACAUUGUUGGACUGACGUCAUUUUAUCUUAACCUUAUAGGUUCGUUCUCAGGUUUUCAUUUAACAGUGUGUUGCAUGAACAGUUUUUCGUGAAAAUUUUCGUGACUCUAACACAAUGGUUGCAUAUUGAUACAGAAUUACACUUUUUCUAAUGAUAAACUACUUUUCAGAUGACCUAGUUUCUCGAACCCACACGUCUCACAUCAUAUCCCGACAACCGUCUCAUCAUGUUCUCAAACUACCCACGCACAAAAUAAAAUCACAUGACCCGUUUCUAAACUGAGCCAGCCCCUUCCCAACCUGCACUUCACCCUCCUCAGAGCAACGCCCUGCCCUCUCUUUCUUCACCCACUCCCCCCCCACCCCCAUCCCCCCCCAAACGGUACACCACGAGAGGGUCAAGUUUUUAAAAGAGUUUAAGAAGAAGGACUGAGAAGUCACUCAAUAUUGCGAUCGGGAAGAGAGUCUGGUGAAGGCAGUUGAGAAGGCAUGAAAACUGUCAGGAGGUUUUCAGCGGUGUGUUAUGUCAAGACAUGGUGGCUUCAUUUUGUUCAUCCCGCCAGUGUACACAAUACAUGACCCGAUCCACGAUUUUUUUUUUCUUUUACAAAUUAUGUUUGAGGGAAAGUAUGUUAAAAUUUCAGUAAAUACUUGAUUUUUUUUUAAAAAUUCAAUGUCUCCAAGUAGAGCCCACUAAAACGAAUGUUUCGCUGCUUAAAAAACAACAACUAAGGAGCCACGAAAAGAUGGAACAUUGAGAACCUGACAAUUUGUUUUAUAAUUUAUUCUAAACAGAAGGUUGUACAAAUUGUCAUCAAAAUGAAACACUGGUGUACACGGUCGAUGCGUAGACGAGCAGAGUGUAAUUUUUGAAUGGAUUUGUCAAUCUAGAUGAGCAUAAACUUGUAUUUAACUUUUUCUUGCAGAGCAUGUUUAUGUAUAAUCAUGAUAUUAAAUUUGUCUUGACCAGUUGUCCCGUAUGUCCCCGGGUUGGCACCAAUUGUAUUAUGGAAUAGAAAUCAGACCUUGGCCGAUGGAGACACUUUGUAUAUCGACUUGGAGCUUCGCACUAACAAAACAAUCAUCUUGUCUUAUGGGGUGUACGACGGCUACCCGCUGGUGUCCAACAUUACUCUCACAUGUAAUAAUAAAGUCGUAACCUUUGAUAAGGACAACGAAGCCGCUUAUUCCUUUGACAUUACUCCUGCGUGGAACGGCGCUCGGUGCGUCUGCAGCGCUGGCCACGUCACAGGACGUUACACACUGACGUCUAGCUUCAAUGUCAAUGUUACACGUAAGUUCCAUUGAAAUCUUGAUGUUGAAUGUAUAGACCUGUAAUAAAAUUACCCCAAAUCAUCAUGAUGGACAAUACACUUCAUAUAUAUAUAUAUAUAUGUGUGUGCGUAUGUAUGUGUGUAUGUAGAUAGUAUGAAGGCAAAUUGUUCUUAUACCUCAACCCCUAUACAUUAGUGUUACGCACUGCUAUCAGUUGGGAGAAAUUAAUAUCCUAUUUACAUGCAUGGCUCGUUCCAGAACAGUGCAUAACAAGACGAUACCAAAUGAUAAGAACAAUAACAGAGAAUACUACAAUCAAAACAGUGCAAAUAUUACAUUUAAUAAGAUUUAUUAAGUUACUAUGGAUUAUCAUCCUCCCUCUGGCAAUGACCUUUGAAUCCUAUUAUAUAUAAGCGUCGGUUCUACCGACGCAUCUGGAAACGCCUUGCACAUUGUUUUUAUAUCUAGUUUUCUCCAAAAUUUUCUACAAGAAUCUGAUAAAUACAGACCUUUCAUUUUAUUCAGUUGGUAGUAAACAAGGCCAAGAUUAAAGGGAAUAAGCCACGUCCAUCAUUAACGCAGGCGAAUUUGGGUCAGCUAGAGUUCACGAGCACGUGUGAAAUGUGACGUAAACACGUCGUCUGCAUAGCAAUCGGUUGAGCUGGUCUGUGUAAGAUAACACACCACUCAAAGAAUACAUUUUUUAAAACCUUUACAGUAACUUUGCUUUUUUUCGUGGCUGGCUGGCAAAAUCUUCGGACGGAUAAUUGAACCACUCCCAGUCAACCUAUCGAGCUGAAACUUGGCACAUAGACUCGUUGCCCAUGACAACACUUUCUAUCAAAUUUUUAGCAUUAACCCCACCCAUUAACCAUUUUUUUCAUCUGUUUUUUUUUUUUACGGUUACAAGGGUUCAGGGUUAGUUCAAUGGCUGCGUGUUUUGGUGUAGAGAUUAAGUGUGUAGCUGUGGCUAUAUGCCUUGUCUUUGUGACGUAUUUGGGUAUGCAGUAAAAAUAAAAUGUAUUUCAAGGGCAAAAUGAAGGAAACAUGAAGCGUGUUUUUCGCUAGGAGUUGACUCAUUUACAUAAACGAUUCUUAAUGAAUAACAAAUCACGUAUAUUUAUAUAAUUGCAAACAAAUAUAAAUAUAAUUCAAAUGGUUGAUACAAAAAACUUUUUACUUAACGGUUGGUUUUAUCACUAAUGAAAUCCUUGAGUUCGUCUUAGCUUUACCCAAGAUGAUCCAUAAUGACAACGUUAUCUUGGAUUGAAAAUGAUUUUACAAAUACAAUGCUUAUAUUUAAACGCCAUUUAAAUCUAAUGAAUUUAUUUCACAGCCGUAACAUAACAUCUUAUAAUUGACAAUCUUAACCUAAACAUAUUAGAAACUCUUUGUAUCAAUGUUAACAUAGCAAUUUCCCCGAUAUUAAUAUGACAGUCUUAGCCUAAACAAUGUUCGAUCCUCUGUCUGACAGCUAAAAUAAGAGUGACGUGGAAGGGAACGAUCUUGACAGAGGGCUACAGGCUUAGAGUCGAUCUUCAAGGAAAAAAAGAAAUUAGUGAAGUAUUUACGUGUUCGGCGUCAAGUCUAGUCCAAAAAAUUGAGUUCUCUUGCAAGAUUCCAGACAAAGCACUUCCGACGUCCGACAGCGUAUACAGCUCCAGUGCGACAUUCACAUACACCACAAAUUUAGUGGAUAAGUGGAUUACUUGUAAAUGUACGGCUUAUUAUUCAAUUAUUGGAACAGGGAAAACUGAGACGUCAUCAUUUCUAUUGAGCUCUCAAGGUAAAAAAUAAAUAAAUUAUAAACACAUUUUUUUAAAGUUCACUAUUGAAAUGAAACGAACAAAGCGGUGUAGAGAAGCGUUUUCUUUGAGCGCAUCUAUCUCCGAAGAUACUUUUUUUUUAAGAGGCGUUGAAAAUAAAUAAAUUGUUAUAUUAAAUUGAUUAGAAUUUAAAUAAUUUAAAGUUUUUGCCAACAAAUACAUUCAAUAUUUCGAAAGCGUUUAAAAAUAACGUCCUUGAAAAUGUCUAACAUUUCACGACAGGUGACAUCAAGAAGGGACUGAUGGGAAUGUCGAUGGCUCUGCUGGGAUCUGUCUUGACCACAGCUCUUGUAGGUCAGCUCCUCGGACACAAGUCCUGGUUUUAAGACUCUCGGAUUUGUCUUCAACUACAUUUCAUCGCUGGAGCGGAUUCAACAGUUUACCAUGAUAAUCUUAGAGACUGAAUUAUUCAUCUAUAGAUUUAAAAACAAAUGUAGCAAUAUAAAUAUUUAUUCUUUCGAUAUGGCUCGCCUAUGGAGAGUGACUGAUAGCAUAAAUGUACAUAGUAUUUUUUUCUUUAAAAAAAAAUAAGAAAGGAACUGUAAUUUUUGUGAGACAAAAGCGUUUUCUUGUUAAACUUAAAGUUAUUAAGAUUUAAUUUACCGCAAAACGUAUGCUGAGUUCUUGUUAACAACUGCUGUGAUAGAUUUUCCCAAUAUCUUUUUAACAAAUCAUUUGACAGAAUACGAAGCCAUAAGCAAUUUUUGAAGGAUAAAAAUAAACUAAAGCUUUAAUUUUAUUUUCCUCAGAAGAGUCAUUUAAAAAAAUAAUAAUAAUAAUAAAAACUAAGAAAUUUUCAAUUCAACUUUGAGAUCAAAGACAAACACAUUUUUUUAAAAAUAACAUUCUAAGUUGAACGGCUUCUUUGGAAAAAAUAUUAAAGGCAUAUGAAUAAUGAAAGGGAAGGAAGAAUGAAAGGAGGAAGUGAACAGGGAAGGAGAAUUUGGGGGGUUGGGGGGUUAUUGAUCUUGAAUGCAUUAAAAAUUGUCUUGGAAAAGUGAGUCACAAAAUAUCUGCCAUGAGUCAUUGGGAAAAUGUUGUACUUAUUGCUUCACGGUGGUUUUCUUCAAACUGAAAAUGUUCAUAUUAAACAUAAUAUUAAAUAUAUAUAGAUAUAUAUUAUUAGCAUUAUGGUAAAAUAGCAACAUUUGAAUGAAUUCACUUUUACACAUCCCUUUUAUUAUUUGUAGAUGGAUAAAUCUGUUGUAUUGAAAUAAAUACGACUCUACUUGCUUUUGGUCCAGCCAACAGUGGUGGCCGUAAAAUGCGUGAUCCUCCCAUAUGCUAAAGUUACUUGACAAAUCAUGCAUUCGCCCAACGUCCUUUAUAAGAUAUCCAAUAAGUCCCGCCUCCCCCCCCUCUUUCCCCCC